AUGCAGCAACAAACUGCACAGCAAAUGGGAGCCGGGAGUCAGAAGGGAUACCAGCAGAUGGGAAUGAGCCAACCUUACAACGACAUUCCUGCAACUGAUGCAAGCGACAUACAUAUUCUCACUGGACGAGGAGUCAAUGUACCCGACUUUGUUAAAUUUCUGUGUACCUGCCGAGAGGGUGAUUUAUCUACUCUCGAGUCAAUUGUAGCCUCUCAGACCCGCUCGCCGCUCUUCCUUCACCAUGGCUUGCUUGAUGCCAUAAAGAACGGCAAAGUCGAAAUUGUACGCUAUCUUCUCCAGUCUGGAACACCGAUUUCGCGAAACACCCCAGAAACUAUUCUCAGAGCCCCAGCAGAUCAACAAAUUGCGUUACUUCAGCUCCUUACUGAACACGGCUGGACAGUCAAUUCACCAGAGCGCCUCCUCCCUAGGCUCAUUCAGACAAACAACGAACCACUUCUUGAUUGGUUUUUGGAGCAUGGUGCAGAUCCCAACAUUGGCGGUCCUGAAGGAGAUCUAGACCAAGCUCUCAGGCUAGCAGCCUCACAGGGGACUGUUAGAUUGGUACAGAAGCUUCUUGAAGGCGGGGCCAAGAUGACCAGCAAUGGAUUGGGGCUAUUCUAUGCUGCGGGUGCUUGCCCUGCUGGCUCUAUUCCCCAUGCAGGACUCGUUCAACCCAGCGCUGAGUUUGACAAGUCCAGAAUACCGGUUAUGGCACUGUUGUUAGUGAAUGGCGCUGGGGUAAAUGACAAACUUGAGACACAACACAUGACAGCGCAAUACCCGAUCGUAAAUGCAGUCAUGGCCGGUGCUAUUGAGAGGGUCAAGUGGCUUUUGAGCCAGGGCGCAGAUCCUGAUCUGAAGGGGCAGUACGGGAGCGCCAGAGACUAUGCCAAGUUUAGGUCGAGCGAUGAAAUGAAACAGGUGCUAGGAGUGAGCGAUACAUAG